UCGAACUACUGCUUGCUUCGCUGCCGUGACAGUACUGUACCUUCUGCGUCUGCCGAUCUCUUAUUGCUCUAGGAACAUUCUUACUCUUUGACAUUUUCCUUGAUAUUUUGAGGUUAUAUUUUGAGGUUCGUAACCAAGAUGUCUCUGAAGGUUCAUACCAGCAAUGUCACCAACAAGAAUGACCGCAAGUCCAUCAACUCACGCGUGUUCAUCGGUAACCUCAACACAGCCGUGGUGAAGAAGUCGGAUGUGGAGAGUAUCUUCUCGAAAUAUGGCCGCGUGCUGGGCUGCUCUGUGCACAAGGGCUACGCCUUUGUCCAGUACGCCAGCGAGAGGCAUGCCCGUGGGGCUGUUAUAGGGGAGAAUGGACGAGUGCUGGCGGGACAGACUCUGGAUAUCAACAUGGCGGGGGAGCCCAUGCCCAACAGACCCAGAGGGCAAGACAUCAACAUGGCAGGGGAGCCCAAGCCCAACAGACCCAAAGGGCUGAAGAGGUCUGCCGCUGUUCUCUACAGUGGCUACGACUUUGAUUAUGACUACUACAGAGAUGAAUUCUAUGACAGGCUGUUUGAGUACAGAGGCAGAGUGUCGCCAGUGCCUCGCAUUGUGCCAGUUAAGCGGCCUCACGUGGCCAUGCCCCUGGUGCGUCAAGUCAAGUAUUUGCCCGCCAAGCUGUUGGCACGCUCCUCAGUCCUCCCUAGCAGCACCAUCAAGCAGAAGUCGGUAAAAUCCAACGAGCUACAGGCAAUCAAAUCAGAGUUGACUCAGAUCAAGUUCAACAUUGAUGCGCUGCUCGGCCGACUGGAACAGAUCACAGAGGACAAACACAUUGCCGCGGAGCUACGGAAGGCAGAGGAGAGCCAUAGCGAGGUGUCUCAGGACGAGUCGUGCUCGGAUACCGAGGACCUGGUAGACAAGACCCAUAACAGUGAUGAGGAGGACGGCACACCGGAUGAGUGUGAAGAUGACAACAUGGAUCUACGUGAAGGAGUGUGAGCUGGAGGGGCAGCUAGCUGUCACCUCAACAAGCUUUCAGUCUCACUGCAGAAUUAGACGUUCAUCCACGUUCUCCAAAUAUCAGAUUUCUAAGUGUUUUUUCCUACUGCUCUGUAUCGUUCCAUUUCAAGUUUAGGCACGCAUUCCGAAUGGUUAAGGUUUGGGAUAGGGUUAAAACAAAAAAUUUAAACCGGUGUCCAUGACUGGGAUUGAACAUACGCCCAUCCACCACCCCCAUCCACAACACUUUAGCAAAACCCAAGCCUACUUGAUGGUAAAAGCGCUCAUGGUUGCCCCUUGUGGCCGGUUUUGAAGGCAUUUCCCGAUGUCUUCAGGACAUGGAUAGACGUCCAAUUUCGACGUCAGUCAUGAAUGAUCUCCCUGGUGACCUGCAUGGGUGAAAAAGAAGUGGGAGAACCCAAAAUAAACUGUAUGCUACUGUAUGUUAUCUUGAAAUUGAUUGCUGUGCUGUACUUGGCUAAUAAAGUUCCCGUUUUCUUUGAGAGCAACUUUCCCAUCUAUUUCCUAUGCUUCACCGGCACAUUCAUGUAAGUGUGAAGAUAUACAUGUUAGAAAGGUGCAAGUAUUCCAGAGAAAUGGACUGCAAUUGGCAUAAUACCUUUUACAGGGCUUUACAUGUAGUAUGUUUGAUGCUGAAAGCUAUCCUUUUCCAUAUUUUUCAGGAGUUAAAAGCUCCCCCCACCGGAGUCAGCAUGGCGGGAGGGGAGGCCGCAUCCUGGGAGUGGUAUGCAGUGAUUGAUGAUGUGCUGGGGGGCUGCCACUCCAACACACCGGUCAUCAUCUCCUCAUCCUCCCUAGGUGCAGCUGUGGGCUCCUCUCCCUUCCAGAAGGGUCCAGAUGUGGAUGUUGGAGAAGGAUGUGAAUGCCAGGGAGGCAAGCCUUAUGGCCAUUUUAGAGGCCAUGAUUAAGUAGUUUUAUGCAUUUU